CGCCUGCUUAAUGUUUCUUUGUCGUCAUAUGGAAAACGGCCAAAUACUGGAGUUGUAGUGAAUUUAUAUUGUCGUGUUAGGAUUUGAUCAAUAUUCCACACAAUGCAGAGGCUAAUUGUUUACCUGACGAGUAUACUUCUCGUUUUCUAUAUGCUUAUGCAGACCCUGGUUUUGCGAAUGUUGUCGAUUGUUGCACCUGGAUUGGCGAAGAGAAUUCUGCUAAAGCUUGGCGAACGAGUUACUAUGACCCAGAAUCCAAAGUUUAAAUAUGAAGACUGGGGACCUACGUUUGCAACGCUGACUUUUGUAAAAACGGCUCUCGGACACCUAUGGAUCUCUCUCGGAGACGAAGCGUUUGUUGGAGACAGAGCACCAAAUACUCCGGUUGUCACCUUAGACGGGAGACAGGGGCGAAUAUACGAUUUUUUAAAAGAUAACAGACCCCUGGUAUUAAGCUUUGGAAGUUGUACCUGACCUCCGUUUCUCUUCAAGCUGGAUGAAUUCAAACAGCUUGUCAAGGACUUCGGUGCUGUGGCAGAUUUCCUUGUUGUGUACAUUGCUGAGGCACAUGCAACAGAUGGCUGGUCUUUUGCAAACAACGUCGAUAUAAAAAAUCACGCAAAUCUUCAGGAACGUUUAGCUGCAGCUCAGGUCCUUGUGAAGGAAAACCCCCUGUGUCCCAUCGUUGUGGAUGAAAUGACUGACAUUACAGCAUCAAAAUAUGGAGCUUUGCCAGAACGGCUCUAUGUCCUGCAGUCAGGAAAGGUGAUAUAUAAGGGCAAGAGGGGUCCAUGGGGAUACAAUCCUGAGGAGGUGCGAAGAGUUCUGGAAAAGAUUAACUAGAACUCAUUUACAACAGAACACUUGUACAACAUAUCAACAAGCCAUCUUCUAUAAGAACUGUCAUUGUUCCAAGAAUCCACAUAUUUGUGACCUCUUUUGUAUUUAUUUUUGAUGAUUACAGAUCAAACCUUUGGCCACUGUAAUCUGAUUAUUCGAAAUAUAAAAAGAGGUGUCACAGUAUUGGUGGUACUAUUAAUCACUACAGUAGCUGAUUUAAAAUGUGAGUGUAUAUGCAUUUUGAGAGGCAUUGGAAUUGGAGAGGCAUGAUUAAAUUCUGCAUUCAAGCAUGUUAAGUGAAAAAUUCAAACAUUUAAAUUACUACAUGAAAUUUAUAGUGUAAAAUAUGACUUUUAUUUAAAUGUAAUCUUAUGUUAAUAGAUUAAAAAAGGGAUAUUUUCCAUAUGCCAUCUUUGAUGGAAACUGCCAGCAUUCCAAGAUUCCUCAUCAUUUUUGUGACAUUUUUCAUAUUUAUUUUUGAUGAUUACAGAUCAAACCCUUGGCCUCUGUAAUCUGAUGUGGAAAUGUGAAAUGAACUGUCACAGUAAUUGGUUGUAGUAUCAAUCAGUUUAAUGUAAUGUAACACCUUUGCACAUUGAGAGGUACUGGAAUUUAAUUAAUGUUUGCAUUUGGGAAUACUGAAUUCAAACAUGUGAAUCAAAUAUUCUAUUAACAUACAUUUAAAUAAAGAAGUUAUAAAACAAAA